AUGAAACGCGACGCUAUCGUGGCUGGGAACAUGAUGAACAUGAAUACGAUCUCGAAGGAGCAUAGCGUGCGCACGCUGCAUGCUCACGGCAUCGCCAUGGGUCUCGGUGACGGGCUUAUGGGCAACUCAGAGGUCGGGAUCGACGUGUCGAUCAAGAAGCGCCAGUUCUACAAGAACGGAGGGGUACGCCCGUCUGCGCCUACUGGGUCUCGUCUCGGACGGUGGCGUGCACUCGCACAUAAACCGCCUGUACGUGCUGCUCGAGGCUGCGAAAGAGGUCGGCGUCCCAAACGUCUACAACAACUUCUUCGGCGAUGGGCGGGACAUGGCGCCCCACUCGGCCACAGGAUAGUCAAGGGCCUCCUCGCAUUCACUGAGAAGGAGAAGUCGGGCCAGAUCGCGAUCGUCGUGGGGGCUACUACGCAAUGGACCGCGACAAGCAUCAAGAUCGCCGUGGAUGGCCUCGUGAAGGGCAAGGAUGAGACAGACGAAGUAUUGAAACCUAUCGUCGUGAACGGCGAUGAGGGCCGCAUCAAGGAUGGCGACACGCUCUUAUGUGCCGAAAGACCUGCCUUCCCGGUUGCUUUUCCGCCGCAACCGAUGAUGAAUGUCCUCGCCGAAUGGCUCGCCAAGUAG